CCGCCGUGGGCUCCGAGGCCGGCGGGAUGCAGCCUCCGGGCCCGCCCCCGGCCUAUGCGCCCGCCAACGGGGACUUCACCUUCGUCUCCUCGGCGGACGCGGAAGAUCUCAGUGGUUCUAUGGCAGCUCCAGAUGUCAAAUUAAAUCUCGGUGGAGGUGGAGAUUUUAUCAAAGAAUCUACAGCUACUACAUUUCUGAGACAAAGAGGGUAUGGCUGGCUUCUGGAAGUUGAAGAUGAGGACCCUGAAGAUAACAAGCCACUUUUGGAAGAAUUGGACAUUGAUCUAAAAGAUAUUUACUACAAAAUCCGUUGUGUUUUGAUGCCAAUGCCAUCGCUUGGUUUUAAUAGACAAGUAGUGAGAGACAAUCCUGACUUUUGGGGUCCACUGGCUGUUGUCCUUUUCUUUUCAAUGAUAUCAUUAUAUGGACAGUUUAGGGUGGUCUCAUGGAUUAUAACCAUUUGGAUAUUUGGUUCACUGACAAUUUUCUUACUGGCUAGAGUUCUUGGUGGAGAAGUUGCAUAUGGCCAAGUUCUUGGAGUGAUAGGAUAUUCAUUACUUCCUCUCAUUGUAAUAGCCCCUAUACUUUUGGUGGUCGGAUCUUUUGAAAUGGUGUCUACACUUAUAAAACUGUUUGGUGUGUUUUGGGCUGCCUACAGUGCUGCUUCAUUGCUCGUGGGUGAAGAAUUCAAGACCAAAAAGCCUCUCCUCAUUUAUCCAAUCUUUUUAUUGUACAUUUAUUUUUUGUCCUUAUAUACUGGGGUGUGAUCCAAGUUGUACCUGAGUUGAAAAGAUGGUGUUACAUUUGUAUUGAGCUGGGAAUUCUUGCUGAAGGGAUUGGAAAAAACAUAACUAGUAAAAUUUUAUACAUUCCAGAUAGAAAGGCAGGUUUAAAGUCUUUUUAAAACAAUAUUUUUUGUAUUUAAGUAAUUGCAGUUAUCUGGGAUUCUUUGGUCAGAAUUCUGAAUUCUGUUUGGUUCUUCAUGUUCCGCAAAUAAAUAAAAAGUGUUGUGUUUUUUUCAGAUUGUGUCAAUAUUCACCAGAACACUUGUGCCAAAAGCACCUAGAUGGGAAAUUGUAUCUCACUUGAAGUGUGAAUUGAUAACAUCCUGAAAAUCUAAAAGUGCAAUUUUUUUUCUUUGAAGAAUUUUCUCCUGCACCACAGAUCCUGUAGAUACCUAUUUAUAUUUAUACAUAUAUAUUUAUGAAAUAAUUCUUAUUCACAAAAUAUAUUUCUGAAUAGCCUAAAAAUUAAGAUACUAAAUCUGAUGCUUAAACUUUCCUUAAUUUGGCCAUUAAUGUUUUUUAUUUAAAACUUAAAAUUUGUUUUUAAAUUGUGUGUAAUUUUUGAAAUAAUAGUUGCAGUAUAGAUUUGGUUUGUGUGUAUAUGCUCUUAAAAAACAGUUUUGGAUGUCUAAACAUUUGAUUUAAAGUUCUGUUUAUCUUUUUGAUCAAAGGAGCAAGAGAUAUAAUUAAUAUGGCAUUCAUUAAAAUCAUUAAUAUAUAGGAAAAAUAAUAUUUAUAGCAUCAGUAAAUAUUUUCAAGUGGUACCUUUAAAUCAUAAAAGCUGCGGAAAAGAGACCUUUGAAGUCAUGUGGUCUUGAACAAUGUUAUAUGAAGUAGAAAAUAAAAUGUUUUCCAGCUGUG